CACAGAUGCAGAUGUCAAAACGAACAAAAUAAAAUAAUUCGACAGACCGCCUCAUAAAAAUUAAGAAACGCGGAUGGUUAAACAUUAAUUAGUUGAUAUUAAAUUAAACUUACGGGUUUUAGAACCAGCUUUCUGUGUUUAAUAGCAUUGUAGUUAUUACGAUGGGUGAUCCAAUCGAACUAACAACAUGGCCCAGCCAUAAAAAUGUAUUUUAUAGGAUGUCAGCUGGCGCAAUAUUAUUCGAUGUGAAGGCUGCUGGAAGCGCUGCCAUAGGUUUGGCCAAAAAACCAGGAGAUUUGGUUGAUGUUUGGGUUGUAAUAGGCCAUUUUCGUACAUGGAUUAAAAAGGAAGAGGGAGGUAGUAAAUCUGUUAUUACCCCUAACAUUCUGAGUAACGGUGAAUACAGAAGAUUUUGGCUCUCUUGGAGAAAUGGCUGCAUACAACUUGGCCAAAAUGAUGACAGUAUUCCAAUCAUAACCCAUGUUCACCAUCUAGAUUUGAGUUAUGUUACAUUCGCAUCUGGAGAAAGAGGGAUGGCAGAUAGAACACCAGUCUACUGGCGAUUUGAACUGCCACCUGUUCUGGAAAAGCCAAGAAUGAAGUCAGUCACUGGUGGAGGUCUAGUGUGGGUGCAUGCUGAUAACCAAUUACCAGAUGGAGCACUUAUCGGAGGAUAUGAAAAGGAGAUGCUUUACAUAAUUAGAGCAGCACACCGAGGUUCUUUGACACCAGGGAAGUUUGUCCCUUCACAAGGCACAGGAUACAUUUCAUGGGGUGGGGAAUCACAUGGCAAAAAUAUAUUUGAGGUCUUGUGUGGAUUUGACUGCACUUGGGUACCAUCUUUUGAAGAUAGGAUUCCAGUGGGAGCUGUUGAAGGUGGUUGUUCCGAAGGCCCUGACAGAGAAACGCUAUAUGUUGGAAGGGCCCUAUACAGUGGUCAAAUCAUUCCAGGGAAGGUUCAACCUUCUCACAAAUGCUGCUAUAUCGCAUAUGGAGACCGAGAGGUAGCUCAGAAAAAGUUCGAAAUAUUAGUGUCUGCAGAUAUCAAUGCAAGAUGUGCCAAUAGGUUAUUUAUUGAUCAUAUAGAUGUUGAAAGUCCAUCAGGAUCUGAACAUAGUAGUGAUGAUGAAUAUUUAGCUAAUUAUCGAUAAUCUUACAUAAGGUUUUAUGUUAAAAGAACCUCAUUUCUUUCAAAUAUACCCUGCAUUCUUUAUUACCUACUUAAAAUUGAAUAAAUAGUCAUCACAUCCUAGUCGGAAACUAAGAAGAGAUUGUGGUUGAAACCAUAUCUUGUGCAUAUUAUUAUUUAUUUUUCUACUUAUCUAAUUUCGCGCAGCGAGAGUUGAAGCGAUCAACUCAAGCAAAGAUUCGUAGUCUUUCUGAGGGCUUAGUGUGUUUAUUAAAUCAAAUGUUGUCACUAGUGAGCGCGUAAAAAAAUUACAUUAAAUGUAUGACGGACUGCACAGCGCCCCUAACAGAAACUUUCAAGAACUAAAAUUUUCAUAAUAUUUUUUUAACGCGCUCACUAGUGAGGACAUAUGAUGUAAACUUACACUUACAGCUAGUUCCGACUUGUCGGUUGUCGGAGCCAUAUAUUAAUCGGAGGUUCCAGUGGCAGAACAUUAUGUAUGAAGCUUUAACGUUCACACAACGUUGAAAAAAGAAAAAACGUUAAAUGGUGUCGGGGUCUCGCUCGCCUAUGAUUAUGAAUGGCGCUGUUCACAUUUGUCGGAUGUCGGGGGCGAAUAACCCUCUCCUGCCACCCCAAAUCUUGUGUUUUGGUAGUUUAAUACUCACUGAUAUUUGAGCCAAUAGAUGGUUGAAAUUUUGAAUUCGUAAUUGAAAAAACUUAAUUUCGUCACUUCUCAAUUCUGUUAUUAAGUUUCGAAAUGUUCCUAAUCUUUCCCUCAAGAUUGGUUGCACCCAAUAUUUUCUAUCAUUGGCUGUAUUUCGUCUUCUUCUCAAAUAAUAAUACAUCACAACUAGAGCUUCGUCGACGUCCAUUGUGUACAGUCGCCGCCUCUCACUAUCCAAAUCUGUGACGCCUCCCGUAGACCGUAGUGAAAAUCGGGCCAAUAAUCGAUUUAAGUGUGAACAGAGGCGACGACACCGACAAACGAUUAAAAUCCGGCCCCGACGACACCCGAUAAGUGGGAACGAGCUCUUAGCCCUCUGAAAAGUGUUUUCUGUCUCGCUUUCUCGCCAAUCCAAAUAUUACAUUAGUAUGAGUAUGUGUUCGCCUCAACUUUCGCUGCGCGACCUGAAAUAUUUUUCUAACUUUUUAGGACUAGACAGAGGUGAAACUUGAUCAUAAACCCCCUUACUAAUAAAAAGUUCACAGUUGUUGAACACUGUUUUAAAAUGACAUUUCCAUACUAAACGUCACUUUAAAACACUGAUCAACGAGUGUGUAAUUUUUAUUAGUAAGGGGGAAAGAAUUUGCUUUAGAGCACCAGAUACUGCAAUAAUAUUAAGAUAUGUUUAUGUGAUGAUAAUGUGUAUGUUUUCCUUAAAUAUUUAAUUUGAAAUGAUAAAUAUAUCCAUUUUAUGUAAGUUACGUAAUUAAUAAAAAA